AUGACCCUCCUGUAUGUGAGGGCCGUAGCGCCCUAUGAAGAUGGCGCCAAUGCCACCGACGUGGUCGUCAACAACGUGCAUUUCAAUCGCACUGCGCUGGACUUUUACAACUACAAGCUCUACACCAACGGGACGCUGUCCAACGGCUCCGAGUGCUAUCUCGCCUUCAACCAAUUCAAGCCGUUCAUGUUCUCCGAGAACGGCACUUUUGUCAACGGCACGUCCUGCUACUCUCCCCUCAAUAAUAUCGGCACGCACGCCUCAGCCGGCCUGGCGUUUAUCGUCUUGUUCGCCAUCUCCAUGUUCCUCACCCUGUUGAACCUCCGGAAGCACGGUCGGAGGUACCUCCCGACAGAACAACGGUGGAUCCUCAUGGGUCGCAGAUGGAAGUGGUACUGGCUGCUUUUCGUCGGCGCGUGCGGGCUCAUCAGCUGCAUCAUGAGCAUCGACGUCGACCGCGAGUACCUCCCCAGCUCCCCUAUCGUACUACAGUCCAUUUUCUACACCCUCCUCCUGCCGGGCCUGAUGGCGGCUGUAUGGGAAGCGGUGCGACACUGGGGCUCCUGGCAAGAGCGACAGAUCAUGGACCGCGAUCCCUACGCCUUCACAAAGACCAGCAACCGCAAACGCCAGGAACUCCUCCUCCCAUUCCUCUUCUACCUCUGCGCGAUCGUCAACUUCGUCCUGACGGUGCCGCGCAGCUGGGGCGCCAUCGAGCUGCAGCGCAGCACCGAACAGCAGGAACUGCACGCGGCCCCAGCCGCAACGGACAGCCGGUGGCGCGCAGCGGGGUUUGUCGCGAUCGCCGGCGUCCUCGUGAUCUGCUACAGCCUCGAGCACAGCCUGUACCGGUACCGGGCGCGGCCGCGCAGCACGGCGGGCCAGCUGCUGUUCUACGUGGAGGCGGCACCGUCGCAGUUCCUGGUGGCGAUCGUGCUGCUGGGCGUGAAGAUCGGGUACGCGAUCGCGGCCGCGUUCGACUUCCGCCUGUCGCCGCUGCGCUACAACGUCGGCUCGGGCUGGCUGUACGGGCUGGGCUACGCGCCCGCGCUGCUGAUCGUCCUGCUCUUCAACGUCUGCGGCUUCUGCGAGCUCAACGAGGACAAGGCCCUCAUCGCCCAGCGCGUCGAGAUCGACUCCGCCCUCGCCAGCUCCGUCGGCAUCGACCCUGCCCUCCAGAAACCACACUGGUGGAAGAAGGACCGCUGGCGCGCCUUCACCCGCGAGAUCUCCCGCCGCAAGUCGUCGUCCGCCCGCGAUAGCCCGCACGAUAUGAGCGGCUACCUCGAGAUGGGCGUCAUCAAGCCGCAGGAACAGCGCGCCCAGCAGACCGGUGACGGCAUCCUCGGCCCGGACCAGGAGAAGGAGGAUACGCGAGUCACGACCCGGACGGCUAGCCAGGCGAGCGGGUCGACCAGCUCCGGCGGGCCUGGUCUGGAGCGUCACCAGAUGGAGUAUGUCGUUCAGCCGGGUAAUGCGGACCAGUUGGAUGCCCGAAGGCAGAAUUAA